CGGGCGGUGAGGCCCCACCGACCCACGAACGCGUCGCGCCCGUCGCCGUAUUGCCAUUGUUCACGUCGCAACCGCAUCGCAUCCGCCAUUCCACCAAAUGGAGUCCAACGAUGAGCGCCUCAAAUCAGCCCUUUGGUAUGCAAUAGGCCAGUUCGUCGACGAAAAGUCGUUAGAGAGCGACCUGAACGCAACGCCGCAAUUCAUUGGUGCUCUGACUGAGCUGGUCUAUACUCAAGUUGCAAACACAGCGCGGGACCUGGAAGUCUUCUCCAAGCACGCCGGACGUAAAACAAUCAAUCCAGACGAUGUUCUCCUCCUCGGCAGACGCAAUGAGCAGCUCCAAGCCAUGUUGGAAAAGGAGCUAGAGGACAUUAGAGCAGCAGAGGGAAGACAGGCAGACGGACAACCAGUUGUCCGCGCACAGCCAGCGGCGGCGGCAAAGAAGCGAGGGAGACCUGCUGGCACUGGCAAGGGAAAGGGGAAAGCUUGAUGGCCUGCAGCAGAUGGCGGCAUCUUGCAUGCAUUUUCUGGGCGUUUGGGAACUGUACCACGAUGAC